CCGGUGCUGCUGGUGCACGGCUUCGGCGCGUCCUCAUACCACUGGCGCGCGAACGUGAACGCCAUCGCCGAGGCCGGCUACCGCGUCUACGCCGUCGACCUCUGCGGCUUCGGGCGGAGCGAGAAGCCCGUGAUGGACUACGACAGCGACUUGUGGGUCGAGCAGUGCGCGGCGCUCCUCCGGGACGUCGCGGGCUGCGGGUCCGGCGCGCGGGCCGUCGUCGCCGGCAACUCCAUCGGCGGCUUCACGGCGCUCGCGCUCGGGGCGCUGCACCCGGAGCUCGUGCGGGGCGUCGCGUCGCUCAACGGCGCGGGCCGCUUCGCGCCGCCGCCCGACGCGCUCGCGGCGCUGGGCGCGGCCGUCCGGCGGGCCGUCGUCGCCGCGGCCUUCGUCGUCACGAAGCAGCCGCUGCGCAUCCAGCAGGUGCUGCGCCAGGUCUACCCCGUGUUCCCCGAGCGGUGCGACGACGACCUCGUGGCGAGCAUCGAGUACCCCGCGCGCGACCCCAACGCGGCCGAGGUCUUCUACCGCAUCGUGUCGCGCAACGGCAACGGCCCCGCGGACCCCGCGCGCUCCGUCGACGCGCUCCUCGCGCGGCUCGCGGCGCCGCUCCUCCUCUGCUGGGGCGAGCGGGACCCCUGGGUCGUGUCGGCCAUCGGCGACCGCUACGAGGCCGCGGCGACGGCCCUGGGCAGGGACGUCACGCGCGUCUCCAUCGACGGAGGCCACUGCCCCCACGACGAGAACCCGGCCCAGGUCAACGCCGCGCUCCUGGACUGGAUG